AUGGCCGUGGCCUCGGCCGCGCGGCCGCCAACGCCAACACCGGCGCCGCCGCCGGCGAGGCUGGGGUCGCUGUGGUCGACGCUGGAGGACCAGCGCGGGGCGGCGGUCCCGCUGCUCUCCUCGGCCUGGACCCUGCCGACCACCUCCCAGCCCGGGGACGGGGAGGAGCAGCGGCCCAAGGAGGGCCUGCUCCGCCGGGCCGGCGGCGCUGUGGCCCGCUGGUGGGGGGCGGCGUGCGGCGCGGUGGCGGAGCUGUGGGCGUUCGCGCGGGCCGACCCGCGGAAGCCCGUGUUCGCGGGCAAGCUCGCGCUCAUCUCGCUGCUCGUCUUCCUCCGGGAGCCCCGCGACAUCGUCAUCCACUCCGUCUGGCCAAUCCUCACCGUCGUCGUCGUCUUCGAGUUCAGCAUCGGUGCAACCUUAAGCAAAGGGUUUAAUCAGGGAUUGGGGACACUAACUGCAGGAGCUUUUGCUCUAGCAGUUGCAGAAUUGUCCAAACAUCUGGGAAAACUGGAGGAAGUGAUUCUUAUAACAAGUAUCCUUAUUGUUGCCUUUGUCACAACCUUGACAAAGCUGCAUCCGAUGAUGAAGCCGUAUGAGUAUGGAUUCCGUGUGUUCUUGUUGACAUUCUGUUAUGUUAUGGUCUCUGGGUACAACAUUGGGAAAUUCACUGAUACAGCUACAAGCAGAUUUAUAUUGAUUGCUAUUGGUGCUGCUGUCAGAUUUAAUUUCUAG